AUGGAUUACUAUCAACAAGGCCGAGCGCAAGCUUCUAAUCAAUCUAAUGCGCAUUUCAUAUAUUCCAACGCUCCUGCAACAGGAACUUCACAAACAGCCCAGAUGUACUAUCAGCCUCAGGCAAUGACUCACCAACCUCUGCAAUCGAGUUAUCAACAACACUAUCAAACUCCUGGCUCUGCCAAUGCUUCUAUAGAUUACAGUUCUCAACACAAUCAUCAGCCAUCCGCCAUGACUGUCCCUGCUACCAACAACCGCGGCGGCAGUACUCGUGGUACUGGAAACCGCUCUGGGAAUGGUCCAGUAGAUGCUACUCAAAUUACAGGAAGAUAUAUUAAUACUGUCCCCUCAAACGAUUUGCCUCUUCGUAUAGUUAUUGAUUCCAAGCAUGUCGGAGCUAUAAUCGGUACUGCAGGUACUAAUAUUCGUGAACUCUCCAAGGAAUCAAAAGCACGUGUUGUUGUCGAUGCUUUUAAAACUGUCAAGGAUCAACAAGGGAAUGCGGAAAAGGUCAUCUCUAUUAUUGGACCUGGAGAGAACUCUAGCAAAGCUUGUGUUAAAAUUAUGGAAAUAGUGCAACACGAAUUAGAGAAAGAUGAAAGCAAUGAAAUUCGCGAUGUCGAGCUUAAAAUUCGAGCUUAUAAUCAGUUAGUUGGACGGCUUAUUGGUAAACAAGGAGCUACUAUCAAAAAGAUCAUGCAGGAAACUGGAACUACUAUUUAUGUCUCUAAUGAGCACACACCUAGACCAAAUCAAAACUUUGGAAACCGUCCUCCUUUCCCAGACCUUAUGCAAAUGGAACGCACUAUCACAGUCAAAGGUCCAACCAUUGAGAGUGUGUCUUCCGCUGAACACAAAAUUACCUCAAAACUACGUCAAAGUCAUGAAGCUGAUCUUCAAAACAGAAUGCCUUUCAAUAAUGUCCCUGGAGCUGUUCCCGGCCUCUUGCUUGGCCCAGACCCGUUUAAUGCCAGAUUUUCUAAACCAUUGUUCCAAUCUACCCACGUAGCUAAAGUAGUCAAGAUGUGGGUUCCUAAUCCCAUGGUGGGAGCUAUCAUCGGAGCUAAGGGAACUAAUAUCCGUAGCAUCAUGAGAGGAUCAGGAGCUAAUAUCCGUAUAGAAGGCGGAGAAAAGCGCGAAAAGGAAAAGGAGGAUGAAGUUAAAGAAGAAGUUGAAAACAGUAGCCCUAGUCAAGAAGAUAAAGAUAAAGAUAAUGACAAAAAACAAGGAGCUGAGAAAAAGCCAGAGGAGGAGCGUCUUGUUACUAUCACAGGCUCAGACGAUCAGCAGUAUCGAGCUCAGUUUUACAUUUUCCAACGUGUAGCUGAGCAAACAAAUCAUUUCAUAGAUGAUGUUGCUCUUCGUAUGGAAUUGAGUGUCCCAUCCCGUUUAGUAGGAAGACUUAUUGGUAAAGGAGGACAGAAUGUCCGCGAGCUCCAACGCAUAACUGGUGCCAAUGUCAAAAUCCCAGAGGAUGAGGUCAAAGAGAAAGAGAAAGAAGAGAACACCCAAACAAGUGAAGAAGAAGGCAAAGAGGAAGUCGGAACAGUUGUUCGAAUUGUUGGAAACUUCAAUGCUACACAAUCCGUCCAAUACCGCAUUUUGAAGCUUAUAAACGAGUUUAACCAUACAUCUAUUAACGACAAAAAUAAUGCCAAGAAGACUAGUAACUCAGAAGAGUCUAACACAGAACAAAAGCAGAACACUACCACCAACAGUGGAAAUGGUUCAACCUCGGAUUAA